AUGCUGGUGUUUUGGCCUCUGGGGCUGGUGGCGAUGGGCGGAUGCAUUUCCUUCAUGCCGGCUCGGCUGGACCCUGCGACGGGCGAGUUGUCCAAGUAUUUUGCAAGCAUGUACAUGGAGGGUGAGCUCUUUCAAGGCAGCAAGUACAAGUCCAAAUCUGUGGACCAGGUGCGAACAUUCCGCUACUGGGCACCAGAUGGGCCGGUGUUUGUCUGGCAACAUGCACUCGACCUCAGAGAUCCUGCUGUGUCUGAGGAUGUCAUCAUUCUGUAUCACUACAGCAACUAUCUGUGCUUUCAAAACGUGGCCAAUGAGGAGCAGAGUGUUGCAGAGCUUUUCGCUUCUUUUGUAGAAAGUCGAGCCCACUUUGGCCAGGGCGUGUAUGCCACUCAGCAUGAGCCGUCCGUUUGGGGCUCAAGUGUACGGAUAUUGUUGAAUAGCUACAGCAACGAGAACCCACUGCGGGCACUCAUGUGCGACAGGGAGUCCCAGAGGGUACUUCGUGAGUGGGGUGAUGACAAUCCUGCGGGACACCGGGCAGAGUUCUGCGUGCCCUUGAUCGUGCCCAAAUCCAUGGCUUACAGCAUCUUCGAGCGCCAGACGCCCGACCUUCAAGCCAGGAAUGUCCCCCUGGGAUCAGACUACAAAUGUCGCGAAGUCCACCGCAACCGUGAUGUUUGGGUAGUGCGAAUCGAGGGGGACAAGGGGGUGAAGAAUGCAGAAGCUAGAUCGGAGAUGUUGUUGAACUUGCUUCAGCUUCGCCUUAGCAAAUUGAAGCAAAGACAUGGUGACGACAGUGAAGACGCACUCAAGUGCAUGCAAGAGCUGGCGUCAAGGCUGAAAAGCCGUGGUCGAUUUGAUGAGGCGGAGAUGCUGUAUAGGGAGCACCUGGCAGUUCGGCGCUUGAAGCUGGGCAACAAAAACAAGGCCACUGUACGGAGCAUCGACAAUUUGAUUACACUCCUGUUUGCCAGAAACAAAUUGGAGGAGGCCGAGGUCCUGUGCAGAGAGGCCAUGCAAACUGCCCGAGAGCUUCAACUAGACCUGUCGACGAGCCGCAAUCUGCUGGCAUCCCUGCUUUUUUCCACCCAGCGUCUCGAUGAAGCAGAAAUGCUCUUUCGAGAGUGCUUGCAAGAGUCGCGAGCCGAUCGUCGCGACAGCUUGCUUCUGGACGGGACCUCAACAACCUGGCAAUGGUAUUGGAGGCCAAAGGCAGAGGCUAUGUUCCGCCAGUGCCUUCAGACAAGCCGAGACAAGCUGGGCGACGGGCAUCCGCAGACCUUGACCUUCCUUGCAAGCUUGGCCAGAGUGAUGAAGAACCGGGGCAGCCCUCAUGAUGCAGAGGAGCUUUAUCGCGAAGCAUUUCAAAGCAGCAGGGCAGCGCUAGGGGAAGGGAACCAGAGCACACUCAUAAAUGCCAACUGCUUGGCCGAGCUGCUGAUUGCCAGAGGCAACUUGGAGGAGGCAGAGCCGCUUCUUCAGGAGUGCUUGCAGCUCUGCCGCACCAAUCUGGGUAAUCUGCACCCGUGCACCGUCGAAGCUGUCCAGAUGAUGGCUGGCUUGCUCUGUACUAGAGGACAGUUUGAGAAGGCAGAGCCUUUGGUCCAAGAGGCACUCCAAGCUUACAGAAUAGCCGGAAGUGACACAGAUGCUGACACCCUUCGAAAACGCUGUUACAUGGGCAGGCUUCUUCAAGGUAUGGGAAGAUUAGAUGAGGCACAGCUGCUCCUGCGAGAGUGCUUGCAGAAGGCCCAAACCAGUUUGGGUGACAAGCACAUUGAAACUCUACGAGUUGUGAACGAGUUGUGCCAGGUGCUAUACUGCCAAGGCCAGGUGGCCGAGGCUCUCGUUCUUCUCAAAGACUGUUUGCCCAACUGCCGAGCCAUCUUAGACAGCGGGAACCCAGACAGCCUGGCAAUGAUGAACAACAUGGCCACCUUGCUGUUUGUCAACCAGCAUGUGGAUGAAGCCGAGCUUCUUCUGCUAGAUUGCUUGCAACACAGCCGUGCUAGCCAGGGCAACGCCCACAAGCUCACUCAGAAUUUCGUCAAGAAUUUGGCGAAGAUGUAUUUUCACAGUGCCCGGUUUGACAAGGCUGAGCCACUCUUUCGCGAGUUCCUUCAGUACUGCCGGGAAACUCUGGGCGAUACACACCCGGAAACCGAAGAUGCAAUCAGGAGCAUUGAUCUGACGACGGCAAACAAGGCCAAAGGGAAGCUGAAUGAUGCAGGCAAUGUUGAUCCUCACCUUGGCGACCUCCCGAAUGGGAUGGGCACAGUAUGCAUCGAGGCUCUGGUGUCCGUUUUGCAUGCGCUUGCGGGCUUCACGUUCUGGUCUUUCCUUGAACGGGCUUCCGUUCAGGAUUUUGAGACGCCGUUCCGACGUGUAGGCAUGGCAGCCGUGUUGUGGCCCGAUCCGAAGGAAGAGCUUUCAAACACGGAGGCUGUCCGCCUCCGGCAGUGCUACAUUCGUGACAAUGUGGCUUUCCUCUUGGGAAGAGCACCAGACACGUCCCACCCGCCGGUGGAGUUGAAGAUGCUGGAGAUGGCCACACCCAGGAGUCUGGGGAACGUCGCCAGUGCCACGAAGGAUUGCCACGGCCUUGCUGCGAUUGAAGGAGCUGACCGCCUGGAUGGGCUUUACACGAGGAAACGUGACCGAGUGACGGAAUACAUGGAGAUUCUGAUGCAGCAGUCCCAUCUUGUGCGGAAGAAGUGA